CGUUAGACCAAUGCUGACGGGAGCGCGCGCCCGUUAACGCUGGUCGGUUGUGAACGUGUCACAGAAGCGGUCGUAUGCAAGUGUUUAACUGCGUGAAAGCGCGUAAAAUAACCGUAGUUUUUUUUAUCGCGUUGUGAAGCCGAGGGCCGGUCGGUCUCUUGUGUUAAACUCAGAAUGGCUCACCUAACACAGAACCCCGCAGAGAAAGAGAGGUUCAUCUGUCUCUACCCAGUCUACAUCAACAGUAAGAAGACGUUGGCCGAGGGUCGCAGGAUCCCCGCGGAGAAGGCUGUGGAGAAUCCGUCUUGCACUGAGAUCAGAGACGUCCUGACGGCAGCUGGGGCGAACGUCUACAUGGAGAACAAAAUGCAUCCCAGAGAGUGGAACAGAGACGCCCAGUUCAGAGGUCGCAUCAGAAUCCAGCUGAAGCAGGAAGACGGCGCCCUCUGUCAGGACAAGUUCCGCUCCCGUAAAGAUGUGAUGCUGUAUGUCGCCGAGAUGAUCCCCAAACUGAAGACUCGGACUCAGAAAGGCGGCGCAGACACAGGCUCCCAGCAGGGGGAGGGAGGAAAGAAGAGCAAGAAGAAGAAGAAGUAGAGGAUUUUAUUUUAAGAUUUUUUUUUUUUUUUUUUUCGGUAAGGACUUCCAGGCGUUUGGCUUUAAGUUGGGCUGUUUGUUGGAGGACGGCCUGGAUCUUCACGAACUCUGCCUGGAGCGUCCAGGCCACAACCUGAGGGACGUUCCCCGGGAACACGCCUGUUGAAAACUUUCACUUCCGUUUCACACCUUUGUUUUCUUCAUGAUCAGUGAGAGUCAACGUUU